UGGCUUCGUGCCGUUCUUUCAAGAAAAAAAAAAAAAAGGUCACGGAGGCACAAUAUUGAUGCCUUAUGGAAUUUUAAAAAGCGCUCCCUGCAGAGGUAUUGCGUAUGGUUAACUUGCCCCAGUGUCAUUGGCCUCCUCUAAGUUAAUAAAUAAAGUGGCAGGCCUCUCCUAGUUAUUUGUAUUUUGUUUUUGUUAGUUGUUUUAAUACGCACUUUGCUGUUAGGAGAGUAAACUUAGGAACACUCGAGAGUUUAGAGUGGACAGAGGAACUCAGUAUAAAAUCUGUCCACACUCCACAUUCUGCUGUUCGUUUUAAAGCAGUGAAAAGGUGGACACAUCUAUAGAUCUGUGGGUAUAGGUGUGUAAGUGAAGCUUGGAAGAAACUUGAAUAUUAAAAUCUUAAUUUUAGCAUGGCCCCUUUAAAUAUUUUUUUUUCUCACUUUACAUAACCUAUCUUUAGAAUUCCUGUUUAUGGAAUUAGAAAACACAGAAGGGGCUACUUUAUUUGUGCUUUGAAGAGUGUUAACCAGAUGCAGAAUUCUAAAGGUGGGACCAAGGAUGAGGACUGAAAUUUUAAAAUGUUUGAAAAUGAGCCUUUAGUUGCCUAGUUGAAAACAGUUGAUAUGUGACCAACCUCUAGAUGGAUGGAGAAUUCAGAAAUAUGUGGUGGAACUUAAGCAGGAAGGAAUAUGAUAGGUAUUUUUAAUGAGUCUAAACAUAUAUAUCUGAUUGAUUCAUUGGAAAACAUUUAUUGAGCAGACUGCUGUAGCUGACACUCUCCUUCAGAGCUGCAGUUUCAAAAUUCCUCUUGUAUUGAGGCUGCCUUAUCAACUCAUGGCACAUUGUUUAAUAUUUAUGGUGCCCCCAGAUCUCUGACACAAGUUGGCGAGGCCUUGUGAUGUCCCAGUUAUGACCACAGUUAGGUGGGCAGGUAUGCCUGUCAUUAACUUGCUGAAAGAAUUUGUAAAUUUCACUUAAUCUCUUUGGGCCUAUAUUUUCUUGUUUGUAAAUGAAGCUGAUGAGAUGAUUCUCAAGGUUCUCAAUUUCAGAGCUCUUUUUCAUUUAGAACACAACUAGUGAAAAUGACUGGUGGUAAAGCUAGAAAAUAGCAUUUGGGUAUAAAAACAUUGUGGAUCUAUGAAGUUAUGCCUACGGGGUUCUGAAGGCAGUUCAAGAAAUAAGUGCCCCAGGAAUAAUUUGAACAUCAUUUUUAGAGUAAGUUUAGUUCCCUAGAUUGACUCCUUUUGAGAGGCAACACAUGUAUACACAGGUAAAAAAAAAAAAAAAAAAAAUAGGUUGUGCUUUAUUAGUUUCUGCUUAGCCUUGCUUAAAAUGAGAACUCUCUUUUUUUGCAGCUGCCUACUCCCAAUGAAGUUCGGAUAUAGGGUGUUUUAUUUUCUGUGGUGUGUGUGUGUGUGUGUGUGUGUGUGUGUGUGUGUGUGUGUGAGAAUGAGUGUCAGUCUGAAGGUUUUCUUUUGCCCUUACUGUUUGUGAUUGCCUUUAUUUCAGAUGUUUAUAACAGCUGCCUAAGGUUUCUUUUGUCUCUCACCCUUCGUUCAGUUCUUUAAAGUCUCCUAUGUACUAUAGCAGUAUUUCUUGUACAGACCCCUUGUAGAUUGGAUGUACUUCGGGACCCCGUUUGUUGUUAGUGAUCUUGCCCCAUUUCGUGUUCAGUUGAUAAAAUCAGCUAUGUUGGUAAAAUAGCAUUCCUGUUGACAUAUUAAGGAUGAACUAGAUAAAAUUUUGGUUGAAAAUUCUUGAUUUUACUCUUUUCUGUAAACAAACCACUUACUGGACUGUUAGUGUUACUGAUGCCUUUACUCCUUUCCUAGGUGGCUGCCUUUGCUCUUACUAGCUUUUAGUGUUUUCUGACUCCCAACAUUAUAUAGUUGCCCCCAAGAAAACCAUAAUUGGGGUUGGACACAUUAAGGAGCUUAUCACACCACUGCUAUAGUUAAUAACAGUUUGAAAGAAACAUGUUGCAAUUCUUGUUUUUACCUAAAGAGUCAAUUAUGACUUGAUUCAAGAAAAAUUUUUGGACCUUGAGUAUUGCUCUUGUUUGGGAGCAUGACCAUAAUAAGCCUAUACUAUGAAGCCUUUGAAAGUAUUCACUUUACUAGAUCAUAUGGUUAUAAAUAAGUGUAAAUAAGAUUUAUCAAGUUUAAGUCUCAGUUUAUUGUGAUACAGUUAUUACCACAAACUACCCUGCUAUGUCAACUUUUCCCACUUGGUGACAGUAUACUUUAAAUACAUCUCAGUCCUGUUUAAAUUUUAUUUUCAUUUUUUAGCAGUUAAAACGCUUAUAUUUUAGGAGGAAACAGCAACAAGCAUAAAACUGCCAAGAACAUUGGGGCGGCCACUAGCGAAUAUUUUAUUUAAUCCUAACAAUAACAAGUCUGCAAGCUAGACACUGGCCAAAAGAAGACCUUAGACAAGAAAGAUGGGAGACGAAUGUCUUUUCAGAAACCUAAAGGAACUAUUGAGUAUACUGUUGAAUCAAGGGAUUCUUUGAAUAGUAUAGCCCUGAAAUUUGAUACAACGCCCAACGAACUUGUUCAAUUAAAUAAGUUAUUCUCCCGAGCAGUUGUUACUGGACAGGUUUUAUAUGUUCCUGAUCCUGAAUAUGUCUCCAGUGUUGAGAGCUCUCCAUCUCUAAGUCCCAUAAGUCCUCUGUCACCAACAUCUUCCGAGGCUGAAUUUGAUAAGGCCACUAAUCCUGAUGUAGUCCACCCAAAAGAAGCAACUCCCUUAUCUACUCUUACUGGUAUUCGACCUGCACGAGUUGUAUCUUCAACUUCUGAGGAGGAAGAAGCAUUUACGGAGAAAUUUCUUAAAAUUAAUUGCAAAUAUAUUACCAGUGGCAAGGGCACAGUCAGUGGUGUGCUGCUGGUUACACCAAAUAAUAUAAUGUUUGAUCCACAUAAAACUGACCCUUUGGUUCAAGAGAAUGGCUGUGAGGAAUAUGGUAUCAUGUGUCCAAUGGAAGAGGUGAUGUCAGCUGCAAUGUACAAAGAAAUUUUGGAUAGCAAAAUAAAGGAAUCUUUACCCAUAGAGAUAGAUCAGUUAUCAGGAAGGGAUUUCUGCCAUUUAAAGAAAAUGACAAGAAGUAAUACUGAUGAAAUAGACUCAAGAACCCGUGAUGCAGGUAAUGAUAGUGCCAGCACUGCUCCCAGGAGCACCGAGGAGUCUCUUUCUGAAGAUGUGUUCACAGAAUCGGAACUCUCUCCUAUACGAGAGGAGCUUGUCUCUUCAGAUGAGCUUCGACAAGAUAAAUCAUCUGGUGCGUCAUCAGAAUCUGUGCAAACUGUCAAUCAAAGUGGUGGAGAAUGUUUAACAGCCAUAUCAGAGUCUUCUACUACUGAUCAGUUAAAAUCUGAUUCUGGACAUUCUACAAAUGAAGUUGGGACUUCUUCUCUUAAAACAGAUUUAAAUGAUCUUGAAAAGGCCAUUAAGGAAGGAGAUCAGGCUACAGAUAAUUUUCAAGAGAUCUCAGGCUCUAAAGAACAAAGCACAAGUAUAAAAGGAAAUGCAGACCAGGAUUUUCUUAAUGAGAAUUCACUACAUCAGGAAGAGGGUGAAAAAGAAAGUAUAUCUUUUGGGGAAGCAGCAGAUUUUAAACAAAAGCAAACUGUCAACAAAGGAAAACAAGGAAAGGAACAAAAUCUGGACUCCGAGGCAGAGGUAGAAGAACUCCGGAAACUCUGGAAAACCCAUACUAUGCAACAGACUAAGCAGCAAAGGGAAAAUAUUCAACAGGUGUCACAAAAAGAAAUUAAGCAUAAAAUAGCAACUGCUGAUAUAGAAGGUUCUGCACUUUUAAAAGAAAAGAGAAGGCAUCGAUUGCAUAAGUUCUUAUGUCUCAGAGUUGGAAAACCAAUGAGGAAAACAUUUGUUUCUCAAGCAAGUGCAACAAUGCAACAGUAUGCACAGAGAGAUAAGAAACACGAAUAUUGGUUUGCUGUGCCACAAGAAAGGACAGACCACUUGUAUGCCUUCUUCAUUCAGUGGAGUCCAGAAAUAUAUGCAGAAGAUACUGGUGAAUGUACCAGAGAACCUGGAUUUAUAGUAGUAAAAAAGCUUGAAGAAUCUGAAACAAAUGAGGAUUCUACUAAUGAAGCUGCAGCCAGAGAAUGGGAGGUAGUGUCAGUGGCUGAGUAUCACCGCAGGAUCGAUGCUCUAAAUACUGAAGAACUGCGCACACUCUGCAGACGUCUCCAGAUUACUACAAGAGAAGACAUAAGUUCAAAGCAGAUUGCUCCAGUGAAAGCAGACCUGGAGUCUGAAUCUUUUCGACCAAACCUAAGUGAUCCCAGUGAACUCUUACUGCCAGAUCAAAUUGAAAAGCUUACCAAGCAUCUUCCACCAAGAACAAUUGGCUAUCCAUGGACUCUUGUUUAUGGCACCGGGAAGCAUGGCACAAGCUUGAAGACCCUUUAUCGAACAAUGACAGGUUUAGACACCCCAGUGCUGAUGGUGAUUAAAGACAGUGAUGGGCAGGUCUUUGGUGCAUUAGCAUCUGAGCCAUUUAAAGUGAGUGAUGGCUUUUAUGGUACUGGAGAGACCUUUGUUUUUACAUUCUGUCCAGAGUUUGAGGUCUUUAAGUGGACAGGAGAUAAUAUGUUUUUUAUCAAAGGAGACAUGGAUUCACUAGCUUUUGGUGGUGGAGGGGGAGAAUUUGCCCUUUGGCUUGAUGGAGAUCUUUACCAUGGAAGAAGCCAUUCUUGUAAAACAUUUGGGAAUCAUACACUUUCUAAGAAGGAAGAUUUCUUUAUCCAAGACAUUGAAAUCUGGGCUUUUGAAUAAAUGUAAUGCUGUCUUAGCAGGAUAUUGGCCCAAACCUGACAUGGACAAGCAUUGUUUGGAAAGUUCAAGAAGCAAUACAACGUAACAUGUCACUCGUGCUUUAAAAUUAAUUGUAUCACCAUUUAUUACAGCUAUAAUUUUGGAAUUUAUUUUUAAAAUCAUGUUUCUGUCCCAGGGUUUUUCAGGUUUAGACCGUGAUGUGGGUCCACACAGUAUAACAGCUUGGGUUUUGUCAGAAUUUUGGCAGCAUUUUGAUCAUAGUGACCACCUCAUCUACCAUCCGUGUUAUCUCAGUCUCCUGAUAAGAUGGUGCUUUUUUUUUGGACCUAUUUUGGUUUAUUGUUUUUAAAACUAUGUUGAUUGUUUUACUAGAGGAGUCUAAUUGGAGCAUUGAGAGAAUGAAGAUUAGAUAAUGCUGUGAGAUAUAUCUGUGACAUUGGCACAGGUGACUUUUGGACAUGCUCAACUUAGUCAUCCUUAUGAAGGAAAAAAGAACACAUGCCAAAAUUACGCAUAUUCCAUAAACCACUGAGUUCUAAUUUUAAUUCACACUACUACAGCAUUCUCUUUAUUAAUUUUGCAGGUAUUCUCAAUUUCAUUUUAAUAAAAAUGAAAUUUGAGGAGAAUUCUGGUUGUGAUAGACCACAAUGCACAUGAUCUGCAGGUUUGGGCAUAUGCUUUCAUGAUUGAAUUAUCUGAUAAAAAGUUACAAAAUACAAAGGAGAAUGAGAACUUGAUGAUUCUACUGGAUUUAAUAUAUCAAGCAAGAAAAUAUACUAUUUGCAUAUUUGUAGCUUAGCAGGGCAUUAUAAGUACAAAAACUAUGAAACAGAUGCAUAUUCCUUCAACAUAUUGUGUCAGAUAUACUGUUUUAUAGUUCCAUUGUUUUAGCCUUGUUGCACACCACCUCCCAAAAUAUAGGUUGUUGUUCAAAUGGAAAAAAAAGUGUGUUUUUUUGAGUGGUAUAUGUUAUUAACUACCAUUAGCAUUUGCUGUUAUAAAAGGGCAAUGAUUAUAGUAGACAAUAUUGUAACUCAGUAGACUUGUUGAAUAUGCAAAUUUACUGUCAAGUGACCUCAAAAAAAAAAAAAAAGAUAGAAUAUAUUAGUAGUUCUUAUCCUCUUUUGUAGGAAACCAAUAAUAUGCCAUUGUGGCGGUCAUUCAUCAGUUAAUUUCAAAGCUUCAUGUUAUGCAAAAAAAAAAAAAAAAAAUCCUGCUGUUAUACAUGUGACAGUGACCUUGUGCUGAAAUUUCAGCUAUUCCAGAUAAACCUUGUAUAUUAUCUUGUAAAUUAAUGUUUAAAGGUAGUUUUGUUCUUAUAGAAAGUGUCGAUUGCCAGGUUGCUUAUAGCACUUUAAAUUAUUCUAAAAAGGAAAUUACAAGCCAAAUAUGUUGGCUUUAGUAGUUUUAGUUGUAUAGGACUUGAAUAUAUUUAGAUCUUUUGAAAGUUUAGAUAAUUAUCUAAAGAAAGCAUAAUACUAAUGGGAAAGAAAAUCUGAUCUAUUUAAUAUGCUGUCGCUGAAUAUGAAUAGAAAUGUGGGCAUCAUUUCCUUGUGUAUGUAAAGCUCUCUCAUAAGUUAGUAACAGUAUAUAGAUUAAAUGUUUACAAUAUAGAGAAUUGUAAAUAAAUAUAUCGUUUUCUCCCUUGGUCUUCCACAGCAGUAUUAUUGUCUUUGUGGAGUUGACUAAUCAUUUAAAAAAAGAAAAUCCUGUAUUGGAUUUCAAUUAUAAUAAGGUCAUAGUGGUGUAUACCAAAUAAAAUUAAAUACAUAAAUACAAA